AUGACCCGUAGUCGAGCUUGCGAUCCGUGUGCUACGAGAAAAAUAAAAUGUGAUCGUGGAAACCCAUGCAAACGUUGUCAUACUUUGGACAUUCCCUGCACUACAUCCCGAGCUCAGUCGAAGCCCGGUCCAAAGGGGCCAUGGGCAGAAAAGCGGCGUUUGGCCCGUCUGCAGCAAAACGCCUUACAACACCCGACAAAUCUGCCGGAGAGUCAAUUUGUGCCUAUCAUUGCAGAGCAGCAACAUGGAGAUGGUGGCAGCAGUAGUAGUAGUAGCAGCAGCAGCAGCAGUACUGUGGAAUCUCUAUUGACUAAUCACCAAUUCACGCCAAGCCUACCAAUCCCUUUGAUCCAGCAAUAUCUGGAUGUCUAUCAUGAACAAUUGUAUCCGACAUGGCCGGUCGUUGACCGGGAUGAAAUGAUUUUACGGAUCCAAGAUCCGGAAGAUACAGAAGCCUAUGCAUUAUGCACUGCCUUGACAGCGGUUGUCCUUGCGCAUUUGAAAUUCAAUCCUGUGGAUAUCAGUCAAGUUUCCCACACAGUCGAUAGUGGAUGGGUGGCUGGAGAGUCAGAGCGAGCAAGGGCCUCCAUUCGAUAUCACGAGAAGCCGAGUCUGGAAUUAUUACUUUCGUCAUUUUUCCUGCAUAUAUUCUACGCAAACCGUGGCCAUGUCUGCAGGUCCACAGUUCUCAUUCGUGAAGCUAUUACAUUUGCCCAAUUCUUAGAACUGGAUCAGGCCAAACACUACAAGCAACUAUCCGAAAAGGAAGCUCAGUUACACCUUCGUAUAAUAUGGAUUCUGGGCAUCACAGAACGUGGACAUACAACUCGAUUCGACCUACCAAGGAUCUUAAAAUUAGAUCCAGAUUUACCACCACUAGAAACCCAGGAUGUCCAGUCAGGCCUUGUGGCCUUUACAGAUUUGUGUCAGCUCUUCCAGACAUUUGGACGCGCCAUGGACAGCGACAUGUUACUUCGAACGUCAGACUUUUUCGUCGGCACCGAUAACAAGUUACAGGAGAAGCGACAGUUGCAGUCAAAAACACAAGUCCAACGAGCUGAUUUCCUCAUUACUCAGCAAUGGAUGAGAAUAAUGGUGUGGAAGAUGUCUAUAUUCCACAUCAAGCUUUCUGUGAAUUCAGAUGACGAGAACCUCAGCAUUUGCUUUCCCGAACGAGUGGCACAGAUUGUGCUCAUGUAUUUGAAUAAUCUUUCUCGCAAUAUCAUCGAGGCUCAUGGUAUAGGCAUGCAAAUGAAACUAGCAGACGUAGCAAUAUCCCUCGCAGACAUGCUAUCCUGCAUACCAUGGGUCUCCGAACGCCGCCAAGUCAUGAAAGUCGGCCCAGGCGAUAUGGUCUGCCACAUCGCUGAACUCUUAGCCUCAUUGCGCGGAAACGUAAAUCCACGAAUGGAAAUAUUAUUUGAGAAGCUUUCUUCUCGAGGAUGGGGCUGUUCUCCGAGAAUAAUGCCGACUAGUGACAUUACUUUCGAGUCUCUACCGGCUACUACCUCCACCACAACCACGACUACAACAAUGAUCCUCCCUAUACGGCGGGUUGAAGAUAUCUCCGAUGAAGUAGCGGAGGAGAACAAUGACGAUUACGACAAUUACGUGAAACGGACAAUACUGUAUACACCAACGGGCUACUGA